CGAUUUCUCGUUAGCUCGAAUGGAAAUGUCCGUCUCUGACAGAUUUUUAUUUGUUGUCUGAGUGAAUGAGAGAUUGAGAGCAGGAAGUACCAAUAUGAGAUAAUAAUUAAGUUUCUGGUUUAAAUCUUGGGUCUGCGCUGGGUUUGACGACUAACAAUACAGGCCCGAACUGGCAGCUGAUGCUCGGUAUUUCUUUGUGAAACCCCCUCAGUCGAGAUCUUCGGCAGAUAUAGUGUCUCGCAUAUGGAUAUUAAUCCUGGUGGUUCUUGCACUAAAACUACACAUUUAACCACAAUGGAGAGUUGACAAAAAAUGGACGGAGACAGUUCUACCACCGACGCCUCCCAGCUGGGCAUUACUGGAGAGUACAUGGCGGGAAGUCACUACGUCCUGCAGUCUCAGGACGAUGACGGAGACGAAGGAAUGAACGAUCACGAAGAUGGCAACGGCAGCAAGGACAACUUCCGCGAACAGGACAUUUACCUCCCCAUCGCCAACGUGGCCCGCAUCAUGAAAAACGCAGUUCCUCAGACAGGAAAGAUAGCGAAGGAUGCUAAGGAGUGCGUGCAGGAGUGCGUGAGCGAGUUCAUCAGCUUCAUCACGUCGGAGGCCAGCGAGCGCUGCCACCAGGAGAAGCGCAAAACCAUAAACGGCGAGGACAUCCUGUUCGCCAUGUCCACGCUGGGCUUCGACAUGUAUGUGGAGCCACUGAAACUCUACCUGCAGAAGUUCAGAGAGGCCAUGAAAGGAGAGAAGGGAAUCACACCCGUGUCUGUGAGCGAGGGUCUUGGAGAGGAGCUCACAGACGACAGCUUCACAAACCAGCUGCCAGCAGGUCUCAUCACAGCUGAUGGACAGCAACAGAACGUCAUGGUGUACACCACCUCUUACCAGCAGAUCCCUGGGGUACAGCAGAUUCAGUUCUCCUGAUGGGACUUCCUGUUCCUGAGAGCAGGGCUGAGGAGCCGAAGAGGGGGGUAUCUGUGUGCCAGACAGAGGUCAGAGGUCAACAUCACUGCCCUGGCUGCUGGUGUGGGGAUUUGUGCUACCCUGCUGUGUAAAUUUUACAAGCCCAUUCACAAAGUUUAGUAGUGAAUUACCCUGAGGUUGGGACUAAAUCCCUGUCAGUAAGUUUAGGUGUUUUUUUGUUUUGUUUUUGAGUACUUAGUUUGUGGAUUUAUUUUCCCUUAAUUUUGUACAUUACUUGUUUGGAGUUUUAUCCAAGUUUAGAGUGGCUGAAGUUGACACUGCAACAGGAGCCUUUGUCAGCUCCUCCUGUUCUUUACGUUAAAAAAAAACAAAAAAGAGGAAAAAAAAAUCCCCUUUGUUAGAGCAACAGGGGUACGCUCUUAAUUUCAUAUUGAAUCAUGUUACACUUUUUGUAAUUUGAGUAAGAAUACCAUGUGAUUUCAUGUUAAUCCUUUUAAUAAAAAUGCAAAUGUUACACG